AUUCCACCCUGUACUUCAACUCUAGACCAAACCCAACAUCCCUCUCAGCAAAAGAUUAGGAGAAAGAAGAAGAGGAAGAGAUGUCAGCAUUGAAUCAUCUGUUUGAACUCCAAGACACAAUCUGUUACGUGCAAUGUGGCUACUGCACUACAAUAUUACUUGUUAGUGUCCCAUGCAGCAGCUUAUGCAAUAAGAUAGUAACAGUGAGAUGUGGCCAUUGCACUAGCCUCCUUUCUGUUAACUUGAUGAAAACUUCUCUUGUUCCUCUUCAUCUCUUUGCUUCCCUUAACCAAUCCGAGCAAAAGCUAGAAGUUGACAAGGAGGACAUUGAUGCUAAUAAGAAGAGUGUAGACUCAGAAAUCUCAUUUGUGGCCUCAUCAGAUGAAGAAGAUCAAAUAGAGAAUGUUGUUCCAGUUUAUCAAGUCGUCAACAAACCUCCAGAGAAAAGACAACGAGCCCCAUCAGCUUAUAACUGCUUUAUCAAAGAAGAGAUCAAGAGGCUAAAGACCAUAUACCCCAACAUGACUCACAAGCAAGCUUUCAGUACCGCAGCAAAAAAUUGGGCCCACUUUCCACCAAGUCAACAUAGAGGAGAUAGAGAAAGCUGUAGCCUAGGAGACAGAAAGAUGCCAAAGAUUUCUGCUGCAAGAAACUCUCAGGUUCCAAGAGAUUGCAAUGGUUUCUUUGAAAGAAAGGAUUCAAACAUGACUCCCUCUAAUGAAUGAAGAGAUAUAGCUAUCAUCCCUACUGUAGUGGAAUGGAAGAAUUGAAUUGUGUCUUUUCUAAACUGCUGAUUUCACUUUCCUUUUGUGUUAAAGAUGCCAUUAUUAUUUAAUGGGUUACUAAAGUUUCUGUUUGCAACUUUUAGAAGCUUGAAAAGUAGUGAAAUGAUGAUAACAAUA